ACCAACCGUCAUAACGGUCACAUCAUGGCGGCACCGAUUGUCAGACCGUGGCUGGGGGGGAUCGACCCCGAAAAGGAAAAUGAAAGGAAAGGGGGAGUGUUUAUUAUUGAUGGAGCGAAAACAGUUUUUUUUUAAAACAGGGAGUUCAGUUCGCCCUCAUUUGGGCAAACAGGCUCGAUGGGAGAAAGAAAAUGACUGUGGAGCUGGGAGGGAAGCUCGUGUACAACCGGCUUUAAUGUUCGUGCAAGGUUCACGUACCCACCACGACAAGCCUAUUUCAUCGGAGAUUCGGCAGCUUCCAUCCAACUCAAAACGAAAGCCUCAGCAACAAUGCGCAGAGUUUAUGGGAAAGGCAGCAGUUUGGUAUCGUUAAAAUGCGAAGUACAAACAUGAUGGGCCGAAAGGACCCGCACCGCGCUAAAGAUGCUCUGAAAUCUCUUGGCAGUGAAGGACUUUUCUUAUUUUCGUCAUUUGACACCAACAGUGACCUGUACCUCAGUCCAGAAGAGUUCAAGCCUCUAGCCGAAAAACUAACAGGUAUUGCCACAGCCCCAGACUUUGAAAGCAGUGAGGGGCCCGAUCCGAAUUCUGAGACACUGACAAUUGAAGCAAAAUUCCAGCCUCUACUAAUGGAAACCAUGACCAAGAGCAAGGAUGGGUUUCUUGGAGUCUCCCAUGGCUCCCUGUCAGGACUGAGAAACUGGAAGUCUGCAGAAAUACCUUCUAGUAUCUUUAGUAGCAGUCAAUUUAAAGCCUUCCUCCCUCAUAAGAAUAAAGUAGAGCUGGGUGAAACAUGGUGGAUGAUUCCUAGUGAACUGACUAUCUUUACAGGGUACCUCUCCAAUAACAGAUUUUACCCUCCUAGGCCACAAGGAAGAGAGGUCCUCAUCCAUAAACUUCUAAGUAUGUUUCAUCCACGGCCAUUUGUGAAGACAAGGUUUGCACCCCAGGGUGCAGUAGCCUGCAUUCGUGCAGUCAGUGACUUCUAUUAUGAUAUUGUCUUCAGGAUCCAUGGAGAAUUUCAGCUGAAUGAGCCACCAGAUUAUCCCUUUUGGUUCACUCCAGGACAGUUUACUGGACACAUCAUUCUUUCUAAAGAUGCAUCCCAUGUUCGGGAUUUCCAGAUGUACGUUCCCAAUGACAGGUCUCUGAAUGUGGACAUGGAGUGGCUGUAUGGGGCAGGUGAAAAUGGCAACAUGGAAGUCGACAUAGGUUACUUACCUCAGAUGGAGCUCAAGGCUGUGGGUCCAUCAACUCCGAACAUUAUCCUUGAUGAACAUGGUAAUGUGAUCGACACUGCAGAUGCUUCAGGGGAACCCAUUCAAUUUAUUUUUGAAGAGAUUGUCUGGCAAUCAGAAAUCAGCUUUGAAGAAGCUACCAACAAGUUGGAGACCACCAUGUAUCCAUUUAAGAAGAUUUCAUAUCUUCCUUUUACUGAAGUGUUUGACCGAGCGAAGAUGGAAAAUAAACUUGUGCAUUCCAUAUUACUGUGGGGUGCGCUUGAUGAUCAGUCUUGUUGAGGAUCGGGGCGGACUCUGCGGGAGACUGUUCUCGAGAGUUUGCCCGUCCUCUCACUGCUGAAUGAGAGCUUUGUCAGCAGCUGGUCCCUAGUCAAAGAACUGGAGGAUCUGAAGAGAAACCAAGAUAAUGAAGGUUACGCUGGGUUGGCCAGCCUGCAUUUAGAACACUACAACUUUCCUGUAGAAAUGAUGAUUGCUUUACCAAAUGGCACAGUGAUUCACCACAUCAAUGCAAACUACUUCCUGGAUAUCACUUCAAUGAAGCCCGAAGAGGUGGACAAGAGUCUAUUCACUACUUCAUCUCAUUUUGAAGAUCUCUCAGCUACAGCUUAUGUCACAUUUUUGAAGGAAGGGCUGGAAAUUGCCAAACGGUUUGCACUGUCUUAAUUAGUGGAAAUCCAGCUGAAUGAAAUGGGUCCUCCCUCCAUUGUCAGUUUCAGCCAUUUUGUUAUUUGGGUUUUUCACUUUGCACAGAGAACACAACUGCCUCCAUUCCCAAAGCCUCAUUGAGGAGAGUAUCUACUUGUUAGUUCCUCAAGGAACAGCUUCCAUUGACAAAGCAUCUAUGAUGUAGGUGAAGUGUGUGUGUGUACGCGUGUACGUUGAAAUGUUCCUCUACUGUUCCACAUUCCAAGGUUGAAGGAAGUGAACAGUUCUGAACCAUGGCUGGUUAUUUCUUGAGCUUUAUUAGGGUCUGAUUUAAGAACAUGUCACUAUUAGCGAGGAUUUUUUUUUAAAGUAUAAUUCAAUAUGCUUGCCACUGUCACAUGUGGAAAUCUGCCACAGACAUGUGACAAAUUGCUGUUCAGAUGAAAAACUCAUGGUUCUCUGAAAAAAGCAUCACUUAGCCCAUUCACCUUUUACAACUGUGCAGUUUUUUAAGUCACUUCCUUUUUAAAGAUAUGACUGAUUUUGUUUCUGGUUGCAGAAUCUCUGAUAAGAUGUCACCAUUAAAAAUAUUUUUCUUCAUCUCUCCCUUCAUUCUUUUGAAAAUGAUCUUAAAUUUGUGCCCUAAAAUAAAAAUAGGGAAUAUGUUGCUUCCUAUUAUAUUCAAUUAUCACUUCACUAUGACAAUCUUGAAAAUCUCUAUUCACACUUCUCCAAGUUUCUCUCCUCAUAAGAAAAUACCAUAAAUCUCCAUAGAAUCACAGCUAAGAAAUCUUCAGCCCACCUUGUCUGUACUGGCUCUCCAAAUGUGCCAUACACCGUCCAUAUUCUACCUUCUCCCCAUAACACUGCACAAUGCUCCUUACAGUCUGAUUCUCUUUUAAACAUUUAAUGGAACCUGCCUCCACAUUACCACGGUCUUAGUGCAUUCCAGAUUUUAAACACCCACUGCGUGAAAAAGAUUUUUUUCUUUGCUUCUUUGACAGUUAUUUUAAAUAUGUUUCCUGUCAUUCUUGAAGCUUUCAAGGAUGGGAACAGUUUCUUCCUGUUUACUAUGUCCAUACCCCUUCUGAUUUUGAAUAACAGGAUUAAAUCUGCUCUCAGCCUUCUUUUUCUCAGGAACACAGGCCUGACUCCUCAAAUCUACCUUCAAAAUGGGGGUUCCUCAUCCCUGGAACUAUUUCAUAAUAAAUGUUUAUGCAUUUUUAAAUUAGAAAGUGACUGUUUCACAUUUUCUGCUGGAGGGAAGCUGAUUUUCUGAGGAGGGUCUGCCCCUUUUAAGGAUCAGGUUACCCAUCCCCCAUCUCCCAUCCCAAGGCCAGAAACAACAUUUCACAGCAACCUCCCAUUUCCUGUGAUAACCUUAAACUGUGAGCAUGACUUCACUGCUAGGAGGAAGUUCUUGUGUAUUUAGAAUCCUGCACACCUGCUUUAAAACCUGCAGAGUUGCAAAGUUUCAGAAGCCUGCUUCAACUAACUGUGUGCAUGUGAUAGGGCCAUUGUCCUUCAGGAUGUUAACUUCCUGUGUAAAAAUUGCCACUUUUGACUUUCAAAACUCUAGUGUUCAUUUAGAAACCCUGUAAAAGCUUUAAGUAUUGAAAGAUAAAUUAUAUGAAGAAAAGCUGUAUUCCCCAGGAGUUACAAUGUCUGCAACCAGAGGACACAUUUGAAAUAACUGGCCAAGGAACCAGUAGGAAAAUCAGAUUGUUUUAAUAUAGGGAUUUUAAAAAAACAUGCAAUUCUUGGUGAGGUGGAAACAGACUUAAUGAUAGGAUAUAGACAUAAAGGUUAUUGGGAAUGAGGCUAACUGAUCAGCUAUUUUCUCACACACCAGGCCUUGUUAUCACAUAGUCUGCCGUUACACACUACCUAAUUGUUCUUCUCUCAUUGGUUCGUUCCUCACCUAUCGUUUAGUCCUUCCUCCCUCUUCCCACCCUAUCUUCUGCAUGUAAACCGAUAUUUUCCUAGCUACAAUCAGUUCUGAGGAAGGGUCACCGGCCCUGAAAUGUUAACUCUGAUUUCUCUGCACAGAUGCUACCAGACCUGCUCAACUUUUCCAGCAACAUGUUUGAUUUAUAGCAUCUGCAAUUCUUCCAGGUUUUUAAAGCUGUUUUCACACUGCUGGCUAAAGCAUGAUGAACUGAAAGGCUGUUACAGUUAUUGGUUUGCAUUGCCUCAAAUAGUAAGAAUUUGUUACCUUUGCUUAAAAAUGUUUGAAUUGCUAGAUGGAAAAUGAUCAUAGUUCUUUGAGUUCACCACCUACUUUCCCAAUAGUUUCAUAAGAUAAUGAUAAAGAAGCAGUGGAUGAUCAGAGAGAUUCUUGAUCAGAAAGGAAAUGAAGGAUUAUGGGUAAAGGCCAGGAAAGUGGACAUGAGAAAUGUAAGAUCGGCCAGAUGGUCUAUUGUUCUUAUUUCUUAUAACAAUCAAUCAGUCUGAAUCGAUUAGUUAACUACAGCCUCAGACUUGAAGUGAGAAAACCCAAGUCCAAGAUUGGCGUUCCUCCCAAACCUGCUGCAUCUGUAAGUUGUUUCAUUGUUGUAUAGAGUAGCCCACAAUGCUGUAUUUUCAUCAUUAAUUAUUUCCAUCAGCUCCCUAGCAUUGUCAAAACAUGAAAAUGUCAAGAAUGAUGAAAUAACAUUUGAAUGGCUGCUUGCUCUGUUGAUUUCUUUACACCUGUAUGUAAAUGAUGGUCAGCUAUUGUAUCUGAAUACAUUGUAAAACACCAGCAUGUGUUCUGCACAAGGGUGAAAGGUUUGUAGUAUAGGUAUGUGGGUCAUUUUCCCUCUGACAAGCCAAGUCCCAGGACCAGCCCAUCAGCUGUUAAUGUGGAGAGCAAGAGGUAGACAUCACUCUUAUGGGAAUGGAUAAGUGUACAGAUAAAAUGCUGUAGGUCUUGAUAAUUUUUAAAGAGCUAUUUUCUUAAAUAUCAGUGCAUCAAGCCAUUGGUGAUGCUCCGUAUGACACGUGCUCCAAAUAACUUAUGUCAUAGCCAAAAUCUGACUGUCUUUUUGCUGGACCUAUGCAAAGUGGUGUUUUGUUUUUGUACUUACAAUUCUACUUUAUCAACACUACAAAAGGAGUAGUAUGUCACUGACUUUUUUUUUAAAUACUCAUUUUUAUAUACUUAUCCUGGAUUUCCAAUCAGCAUUAUUUUUAUAAACAUGGUGUUAAACUUAUGCCUGAGAAAAGAUCUAGGCCAGUUUGUAACAAAUGAAUAGUGGAGGGGGCAAGAAUGGUUUUUGUUUUCUGAAGAACUACAUUUUGUGAAGGCUGAACCUGAAAGCCUGCAAAAGGACUGGGUUCUACCUGAUGUUAUGUUAGUUUUUUUUUAAAAAAAGAAACAAUUGCCUUAUCUUACCCUCACUGAAGUACUGUUGCUUCUUAGUCUUUAAAUCUUACUGGUUUGCAUAUAUUGGGUAAAACAGGCAACUGUGGUCAUUAGAGGUUAAUUAUUGCAUUAAAAAUGUAUAAGGCUUGGUAAUUUAAGACUUGUAUCUUUUGCAAUUCAUGUAGUGGCCUGGUCCUGUCUCAGCAGUCUGAUACCAAAUUUAGUGUAUUCAACAUGUUAGGAAAGUACUUAACUAGCUAUCCAGCUGUAUAUUAUGGAUCUGUGCAAUUUUUUUGUCUUCAGGCUUAAAGACCUGAAGAUCUUGAAAUACUAAAAAUGCUUUCUCCACUGUCUGUUCAAUGAGACACUGGUGGUGUUUUGUAGGUGAGUGGUGAUCAGGAUCUUGAUUAUAAAUUUACAAUUCAUUGA